AUGAGUAAUGUGGCAACAGACACUAUGCAUCUUAUUGAAGAUACCUUUGUUUUGUUUUUUUCGUGGGGGGGGGGGGGGGGUCAAAUUGAUAUAUUUUCAGGGCUUGAUGUUGAAAUUACAUUUCUCAUUGUCGUAAAGGUCUAUAACGAAGAUAUUUUGGACUUAUUGGAUACAUCUCGGGACAAAUCACAGAUCCAUAUUAGAGAAGAUCCCAAAGAUGGAAUAAAGAUUGUGGGACUAAUAGAAAGGACUGUAAACACUGCCAUGGAUAUGUUGGGAUGCCUGGAGCAAGGGAAUUCUACAAGAACAGUUGCUGCAACAGCUAUGAACUCCCAGUCAUCCCGAUCGCAUGCCAUCUUCACCAUUGCUGUUGAGCAGAGAAAGAAAAGUGAUGGAAACCAUUAUAUUCGUUCAAAAUUCCAUCUGGCAGGGUCAGAACAGCAAAGAAAAACCAAAGCAGAAGGUGACCGCCUGAAAGAAGGGAUUAAUAUCAACCGUGGAUUGUUGUGCCUUGGCAAUGUCAUCAGUGCACUAGGGGAUGAGAAUAAUCGCACCGGUUUUGUACCAUAUCGUGACUCAAAGCUAACACGAUUGCUUCAAGACUCACUUGGUGGAAACAGCCAUACAUUGAUGAUGGCUUGCGUCAGUCCUGCUGAUUCAAAUCUGGAGGAGACUCUAAAUAUACUCCGUUAUGCUGACAGAGCAAGGAAGAUAAAGAAUAAGCCUGUGGUUAACUUUGAUCCCCAGGCGGCUGAACUGCAACGCCUUAAACAACAGGUAGAAUUCAUGAUAUGGCUAUAUCCACUGGUGCGGAUAAUGUUUACUGUUGAUAUUGUGGAGCAGGUGAAUGAAAAGCUGAUGGGCAGGCUGAGUGAACUUUCGAAGCACGCGGCAUACUUCAGCAGGUUUGUUCUGAGUAAACCGAAGAAAAGCCAUAUCUUUGCAUAUUUCUUUGACAGUUGCAAGUUGGACUUGGACCAACUAAUUGAAAUUUCGUCCAGUAAAAAAACAAAAGAGCAAAUUGAUGCCCUACGCAGUCUGCAGCAAAUGAUUACUGAUCUGGAGAAUGAAUGUAAAGAACUUGCACCUGAACUGGAGGGAAUGGAUGUUGAAGAACACAUGACUGAGAAUGCAGUCUUAAAAGAAAAGCGGGAUUCUGAUCCUUUUGUGGCCAGUCUUGCGCUGAGGCAAUGCCAAAUGUAUAAAGAGUUGAUGGAGCUGAAUAAAGUACUGGCACUUAAAGAAAAACUCGGUCGGAAAAUGUCCCAGAGUGACUGUGAAAUGGAGCCUGUUCAUGUCGUGUGUCUGGACAGCAUCAAAUCGCUUGAGAGUGAAGUUUCUGCCCUGCAAAAGGAAAAAGAAGAGUUGGUGCUGGCGCUGCGCAGUGCAAAGAAAGACACCAAUGCAACCAAAGUUCGUGAACGUCGAAGGAAACGCCUUCAGGAGUUGGAAGCUGAAAUGACAAACCUUAAAAAGAAGCUGAUAGAGCAGUCAAAAAUCCUGCAAAUCAAGGAGAGGGCAGAAGGCACUGUUAAUAAACUGAACCAAGAGAUCCAGGCAUUGAAGUGUCAGCGAGUGCAACUGAUGCGACAUAUGAAAGAGGAAGGUGAGAAGACCCGAAGAUUGAAAGCAGAAAAUGACAAGGAAGUUAUUCAGCUAAAGGAGAAGGAUCGAAAAAGACAGUACGAGUUGUUGAAACUAGAACGAGAUUGCAAACAGCAAGCAAAUGCUUUAAUCCGCAAAACUGAGGAAAGACGAACUUUUACAUUGGCUGAGUUGAUGCAAAGCACUGAAAUCUGUAGUCCACCUUUAAACGAGCAGCUUGAAAGAGUGCAAACAGAAGUAGAACUCAGGACUGCUCAAAUUGCUGAUCUCCAACAACAGUUGAUGGUUGCAGACAAUGAAGAAAGGCUGAAGCAUCAAUGGGAUACAAUUGCCACCAUUGAAGAAGCAAAGUGUGGAUUAAAGUGGCUCAUGAAAGAGUUGGUGUCAUCUAAAGUAUCACAUAGCCAAACGACAAGUGCACUGAACCAGACUAUAGUUGAUGGUACAGAGUUACAGAAGAAUGUAUUCGAAGAACAAAACCGCAUAACUGAGAUGGAGACGGAACAUCAGCAACAGCUUCUAGAACAAGAACAGCGACAUCGAGAGAAGGUAUAGUGUGCCAAUAGUCCGUUUUCAUGCUGCAUGUCUACAUUUCUAAAACCACAAUUGUUAGACAAACUGGCUCUGCUUAUUCUUCCUAUAGUACUGUUGUAGAAUAUUGUGUCAUAUUGGCUAACAAAUCGGUACUUUUCAGAUUCUUAAUUGGGCAAUUCAAGAUAAAUAUUUAGCGUUUAUUCUGUGAUAUCUUUGCUCUACAAAUUAUUUCUUAAAGGCUAGUUUCCCCAAGGAUAUCAGAUGUCUCAUUUUCUGAAGGUGAUUGUUACAAAUAUUCUCAAAAACUAAUGGGACUAAUUGCAGCUGAGUUGCAAAGAUCUGACAGCCUGUGUCCAAGGGGUUUAAAGGAAAUGGCUAGUGGCAGAGUCAAUGCUUGAC